GUCAUGCGCAUCUAGCCAAUGUGUAAGACGAUCCAGCCGCUUCGCUUCAAGCCAUCAGCAAUCCUUAGCAUAGGGGCACCCUCAUGCAUUCUUGUCAAGUCAUCUUGUGAAAGGCUGCCUGCUUCCAGCUUGGCUUGGAUGUGCAACCUUAAUAAAACUCACUGAGGUCUGGGAGAAAAUAGCAGAUCUGCAGCAGAUAGGGUAGAGGAAAGGGUCUAGAAUAUGUACACGCAGCUGACUCAGGCAGGCUCUACGCUGAACGGUUACACCGAGAGGAAACAAUAAAUCUCAGCUACUAUGCAAUAAAUAUCUCAAGUUUUUAACUAAGGAAACUAUCAUUACGGUGAAAUUAAAAAAAAAUACGAUUUUAGAACAAAGCUAAAAAUGGCUAGUUUUCUGUGAUUCUUCUACAAAACUUUCUUUGAAAGGGAAAAGUCAAACAAACAAGCAGUUUUACCUGAAAUAAAGAACUAGUUUAAAGGUCAGAAGAAAGGAGCGAGUUUUGCGAGAGGCACGGAGAGAGUGCCGGCAGUACAAUGACAGUUUUCCUUUCCUUUGCUUUCCUCGCUGCUAUUCUGACUCACAUAGGGUGCAGCAACCAGCGCCGAAGUCCAGAAAACGGUGGGAGAAGAUAUUACCGGAUUCAACAUGGGCAGUGUGCCUACACUUUCAUUCUUCCAGAACACGACGGUAACUGUCGUGAGAGUACGACAGACCAGUACAACACAAACGCUCUGCAGAGAGAUGCUCCACACGUGGAACAGGAUUUCUCUUCCCAGAAACUUCAACAUCUGGAGCAUGUGAUGGAAAAUUAUACUCAGUGGCUGCAAAAAAUUGAGAAUUACAUUGUGGAAAAUAUGAAGUCGGAGAUGGCUCAGAUACAGCAGAAUGCAGUUCAGAACCACACGGCCACCAUGCUCGAGAUAGGCACCAGCCUCCUCUCUCAGACCGCAGAGCAGACCAGGAAGUUGACAGAUGUUGAGACCCAGGUACUAAAUCAAACUUCUCGACUUGAAAUACAACUGCUGGAGAAUUCAUUAUCAACAUACAAGCUAGAGAAACAACUUCUUCAACAGACAAAUGAAAUCUUAAAGAUUCAUGAGAAAAACAGUUUAUUAGAACAGAAAAUCUUUGAAAUGGAAGGAAAGCACAAGGAAGAACUGGACACCUUAAAGGAGGAGAAAGAGAAUCUUCAAGGCUUGGUUACUCGUCAAACAUAUAUAAUCCAGGAGCUGGAGAGACAGUUGAACAGAGCCACCACCAAUAACAGCGUCCUUCAGAAGCAGCAGCUGGAGCUGAUGGACACAGUCCAUAGCCUUGUCAAUCUCUGCACUAAAGAAGUUUUACUAAAGGGAGGAAAAAAAGAGGAAGAAAAGCCAUUUAGAGACUGUGCAGAUGUAUAUCAAGCUGGUUUUAAUAAAAGUGGAAUCUACACUAUUUAUAUUAAUAAUAUGCCAGAACCCAAAAAGGUAUUUUGCAAUAUGGAUCUCAAUGGGGGAGGUUGGACUGUAAUACAGCAUCGUGAAGAUGGAAGUCUAGAUUUCCAAAGAGGUUGGAAAGAAUAUAAAAUGGGUUUUGGAAAUCCCUCUGGUGAAUAUUGGUUGGGGAACGAGUUUAUUUUUGCCAUAACCAGUCAGAGGCAGUACACUCUAAGAAUUGAGUUAUUGGACUGGGAAGGAAACCGAGCCUAUUCACAAUACGACAGAUUCCACAUAGGAAAUGAAAAGCAGAACUACAGGUUGUAUUUGAAGGGUCACACUGGGACAGCAGGAAAACAGAGCAGCCUGAUCUUGCAUGGUGCUGAUUUCAGCACUAAAGAUGCUGAUAAUGACAACUGCAUGUGCAAAUGUGCCCUCAUGCUAACAGGAGGCUGGUGGUUUGAUGCCUGUGGCCCAUCCAAUCUAAAUGGAAUGUUUUAUACAGCGGGACAGAACCAUGGAAAGCUGAAUGGAAUAAAAUGGCAUUAUUUCAAAGGGCCCAGUUACUCCUUACGCUCCACAACUAUGAUGAUUCGACCUUUGGACUUUUGAAGGCACAAUAGCAAUCAAGAGCAAUUAUAAAAGCCACCAAGAAAUCUGGAGAAGCCACCAGAUGAGAAACUGCUUGAAAAUUUCGGAAGCAAACAAUAUGGUCUCCCUUCUAGCAACAAGUAGCAGUUAUGUGAAGUCACCAAGGUCCUUGACUGUGAAUUUGGAACCUUUUGAGUUCACAAAGUCUCUGCUUGGGAUGAUUGAUUGUGUUCAUACGGCUUGACUAUAGACUGUCAUUCACUGUCAUGCUUUUAAAAGGGAAGAAACUGUUAAGCUCACUGUGCUUCAAACUACUACUGGAUUUUAUUUUGGAACUGUGGUAGCCAGAUGAUAAAUAUGGUUUAUUUCAUGUAAAACCAAAAAAAAAAAAA